AUGGAUGGCUCCAGCGAGGAUGCCAGAAACACUGCAGCCGCAGCCAGCAGUCUCGAAGGGCAGGCAUCGGUUGGGACUCGCAUCUUCGAGAUCAACGUGAAACAAAUCGACGGGUCCACAACGCCGGUCACAGUGCGCUCCUCCUUCAACGGCUGGGCUCUGAAGCAGCUCUUAGCCGAGAAGCUGGGCGUGCCGGCAGACAGGCAGCGCUUGAUCUGCCGCGGUCGUGCCAUACAGGACCAGAAUCUUCUGAGUCGAAGCCCUUUUGAGGGCUUCAACUGCCUUCUUUCGGUGGUUGUGUGUGGUCUAUCCGGUGCCAAAGAAAGAUUUGGAUGUCGUCUUUGCCUUGCGAACCUUUCGGGGGCUCGCAGACAAGCUUUGGGAGUUCAAGAUUUUGUGGAAACACGUGCAUGA